AUGCUGCUUCUCUGCACCCCCGGGGUACUCGCCUCCCAUUUGUUGGCUGCAAUUGCCGUCAGCGAGAGUCUUUCACUUGACGAAUUGUGGGAGGUAUCCAAACAGAAACUCACCACGCUGGAGGUAGACAAUUUCCAAAAGAACAUUAUUUGGAGGGCAUUGACGGCCCAAAGUAACGACCUUCUCUUCACCGUGGCCAUUGAGGGCCAGAAUGUGGUGUCGACCGCUAAUCUCUCCUACGGUGCGCUUUUGCUGCACGGAACAGAACAGACGGUUCGGAUUUCUCCAACAGAAAAGUGUAAGUAUCUGUAUUUGACGGGCACCACCAACUACCAGAAGAUCGUGUCCAGUUUGGGUGAGAAACCGCUUGAGUUGCUUGGUGUCAUUGCUCGCCAUGGCUCCAACGGAGUGCUCAACUCUCUUUUAGCCCAGGAGUCGAAUCAGGAUAUUCGCUCCAUUGGUGUGCGGUUGCAGAAACUCGAAGCGGCAGGUCUUAUUGUCUGUAGAAGUGUUUAUGUAGAUAAGAAACACACCAACCAGUCUACGCACGUCCGUUUCGUGCCAGACUCUCUUCUUGCAAAACACAACGCUGAUGUCGAGGAGGACAUCAAUGUUACUCGAGACAUGAAGAGGUUGAAGCUCAUGAUCAUGGAUGCCUUGAAGUCCUCGUCCAACCAUAUGCGAGGCUUCUCUGACUUGAGAAAAGACUUGAAGUUGGCAGGCUCCGUCUCAGAGAUAAAGUUCUUUAAGGCAGGGUGCAACAGGUUGCACUAUGGCGGCUACAUCGAGAAAUUGCACGUAGAGCUUCCCCAAACAAAACAGAGAAUCUACGCAAUCCGCCUCAUUAAGGACCUAAAUCCCUCUGAUGACUUGAAUGAGGGUCCAGAUGCAGAGGUGAAGGACGAGUUUAGUGACGAUGAGCUUGAAACGGACUCAAACACGAAGCAAUCCCCCGCCUUCAAUCUAAUAUUUCCUUCCUUCCAUCAAAUGUUUCUGCAGAUCUUGGCUCGUGGUGAGGAAGGCAUUACAAUCGGCGAGAUCAUGAAAAGUCUCCUUGGCACAUCGGAUUACAGACCCUACAAUCGUGCUUUUGAGCAAUUACCAACUUAUCUCAGCAACUUGAAGACCCUCAAAACAUACAAGAAAUACUCCGAGCCUUACGAUGACUACUCUGCCAUAAAACUUUUCGAUCACGAGGGCAAAGUCAAGUUCUAUAGAUAUUUCGCCACCCAGUUUCGCAAAGAGACCAGGGGCAAACCCAAGAGCUACUCUCUCGUACCCAAAACCAAUAAGCUUUCUUUAGCUGACUUGGAAAAGAAGAACAAGCUCUCUCUUGGCAAGAUCUCUACAGAGUCACUCCUAAAAAAGAGAGAGAACCUCUUGAAUUUGGAUGAGAGAGAUCAAAUUGUACCAGAGGCAAAGUCUAAAAAGAGGGAAAAACGAGUGAAACAAGAACCAGAAACACUUGUGCAAUUAGCAGUGGACCAAGUCGAGAACAGACCGAAAAGACCUCGCAAAGCAGCCUCCUAUAAAGUGGCUGAUCAAGACUUCAUCAAUGACAAUGACGACGAAGGCGACGACGAAAACUAUGAACCACAACAGAAAACAGUAGCAGGAGAUGAUGCAGUAAUGCUGGAAAAGAUGAAUGAGGAUUUCAUUGCCCCAGACCUAGUGCAAUUUGAUCUAAAGCAGCGGUCUAAUCAAACAAAAAAACGUUCUACAAAAGAAACAACCAGAAACAAUAGCUCGGCCUCCUCGCAAUUGAGAAGAGACGAGCUCGUGAAACUAUUGAAUGAGGAAGGUGGUGCUGCAAUUGUCACCGGGUCGCUUACGAAAAGCUUAGACCUUCGUCUAGAUAAAUCAACGGUGACAGACAGCAAGACAUUGCUACGCGACGUUGCAGCACUAGCAAAAGAGGGCCUUCUCGGUAAACAAGAUGUAUUUGUGGGAUCAGAGGGCAGAGAACUGAAAAGGACACUUCUUUACUUAACUAAGUACAACGACAGGUUGAAUGAAGUCAUAGAAGCAGCUCAUUCCAAGUAUCAUCAAGAGCAUUUGAAGAAGAAGACUUUAAAUCGCAGAGUUGUCGAAUCCGAUCUCAACUUCCAUGUGGAGAAACCCAAGCAAUUGGCUAAUGUCAAAUUGGCUACACAGAGACGUAUCAAAAGUGAAAACAGACUUAAGUCUAUUGAUGAUGCAGAGGAUUUGAAUAAUGCUCCUGUCAAGCCGGAGAUCGAAAUCGACAAUGGCAACGACGACGGUGACGUCUUCACAUCUUAUAAAAAGAACAGAAAGGCUCGGAAGAUUGUUUUACUGUCUAGUGCCGAUACAACGGCUUUGAAUAUGAAGAGACCUCGGCGCAGUCUCAAAUUGGAGAAAUCCGAUGCAACUACUAUUUACAGGGCAGUCAUUAUCCACAGAACAUUUUCCAAGGAAGCCAUUGAUUUCCAGAUUAUUGCCAAUCUUAUUGGAGAGCCAGAUGGUGAAUUGGUUCGUCGUAAGUGGUCAACCUUGCGGAGACUGUUUGGCGGCGCCGAAGCAGUUAGCAAAGGUGUCGAGACCUUUCAGAGUAUGAUAGUGCAGGGAAUUGAAGAAGGUGAAAUAGAAGCCGACGAUCUUGACAAAUGCAGCACCCAAUUUUUCUUGGAUUUCUGGAAAAAGUUCGACCUCAACGCAGAGUUGCUCACCGCCGACGAGAUGCCAUUGUUCUCGUCAUACGAGCUCAACAAUAAAAAAUAUAAUUUGUCAGUUGUGCCUGAGCGUCAAGUAUGGGAUCUUGCUGAGAAAAUCGAAGAGACUUCGAUGCGCCAGAAAGAAGGCUUGUUGGCUAGCACGCUAUUUGUGGAGUUGCCCCCUGACCAGGCUUCUACUGUGGAAUUUGAGGACCUAAGGUCUGUGCUCAAAAGCAUACUUUGCAUUAACGAAGAUGAGCUUAACUCUACUGCUGCAAAAGAUCUUCUCAAGGCCUACGACGCCGCCGAGAUUCAGAAGGCAGCAGAUAGCAUGAUCAGAGACAGAGAGAUUGUGCUUGUGUCUGUUGAUGAGAACAAAAAAUUCAUCUUGAGCGAGAAAUUCCAGACGACACUCAACUCGAGAGUGUUCACUAAAUCUUUCUUCCACGAUGCAGAACGAUUCAGAACUCUUCUCAACGAUGUAUCGAAAGCCAAGAAGGGACUCAUCAUCUCUCCUGGUAUUUCCUCGGGCGAAAUGGCCGCUCUUUUGCAGCUCGUGUCUGAUAAUGACAUAGGCCUAUUACGUAUUGACCGAGCUAUAAAAUUCGAAAACUACGAGUCACGAUUGAUCGACCGUGAACAAAUCGCUUGUGAUAUUAUUGCCCACAAUGCAGUCAACUAUGAGCAACCCAACUUGGGAAGCGUGGUUCAUGUUCCCAUAACUGCGCCAUGCAAGCCGAUGUGGGUCAAUCUAAAGUCAGAACUCAAUGCUGACUUAUGGGCGAAAUUGCUCAUGAUCAUUAUAUACCAUGUGGUUUUUAAACCUGGAGUUACGUAUAACGCGCUCCGUGCGCGACUUCAAGUAAUUUUCAGCGACAUUGACUUCAAUGAGAUCAUAGAUUGGAUGAUUAAGAAUCAGUGCCUUGGAUCCUCAGAAGGACUUCUUCCUGGAAAACAUUGGCAGCACAUUCUUGGCAAUUAA